AUGCGUUUCUAUUUCGAUUCGCGGCUCUCGGAUGCUCGUACAUGUUGCACCGUCAAAAUGGCCAAUGCGCAUUUCCCGUACGGUUUUGAGUAUUUGGGGCUGCAAGAGAAGCUUGUACAGACGCCCCUGACCGAUCGAUGCUACUUGACAAUGACACAGGCAUUGAAUUCCAGAUUGGGUGGAAGUCCGUUUGGUCCGGCUGGUACGGGUAAAACUGAAAGUGUGAAAGCGCUGGGUCAUAAGCUUGGCCGAUUUGUACUGGUUUUCAACUGCGAUGAAACAUUUGACUUUCAGUGCCAUUAUGAUUUUGGCCUUCGAGCGCUGAAGUAUGUGUUGGUGAGCGCCGGCAACAUCAAACGCGAUGAAAUUCAGCGUAUAAUCGAAAGUCGUCGGGAUGAUGUGAACGAGGAUGAUUUUUCAAGCGAAUUGUCCGAGCAGCAAAUUUUGAUCCAGUCAGUCUGCGAAACUUUGGUGCCGAAACUCAUAUCGGAAGAUAUUGCGCUACUGUUUUCUCUUCUUUCUGAUGUAUUUCCAUCAAUCCAGUACAAACCGAACCAAAUGGCGGGCUGUUUCCUAACCGCAAAUUAUAUACUGCAAAGACAGGCUGCGCUGAAUGGGCUGUUGUUCCUGGCCUUGCUCUAUCAGAUCACAAAUCUCAAUCAUGGCCUAAUGCUUGUUGGUGCAAGCGGUAGUGGCAAAACAACUGCUUGGAAGGUGCUACUGAAAGCUCUGGAGCGGCUUGAAGGAGUGGAAGGUGUUGCGCAUGUCAUCGAUGCGAAGGCGAUGAGUAAGGAUUCGUUGUACGGUGUACUGGAUCCGAAUACACGUGAAUGGACUGAUGGUCUUUUCACACACAUUAUUCGUAAGAUAAUUGAUAAUGUUCGCGGCGAAACGGCCAAACGUCAAUGGGUGAUUUUCGAUGGUGAUGUUGAUCCGGAAUGGGUGGAAAAUUUGAAUUCUGUCCUCGACGAUAACAAGCUACUUACGUUACCGAACGGUGAACGUCUUGGAAUACCUCCAAAUGUUAGUUGCACCCGUUUAUUCCUGUGGUUUUGGGGAUUUUUUUUUUCAUAA